CCGGCCGCGUUCCGUUUCUGACACCUUCCGCCUGGGACCCGGGCCGGGAGUGGGCGGGUCUAUCGGGCGGCCAGUCUUGCUUGGGGCAUCUCGGUACCCUCGUGUCCUGUGGACUUCCGGGGGAGGCAGGCCUGAGGCUGUACGGAGCCGACAGAGAAGCGUGAGCGGAGGCUCCAGGGACCAUUUAGUGGCCGGGCGCCUGGGGAGGGCAGCCAGGAAGAGAUCCUGGCCCCCUGCCCACCCAGCCUCAAUGUCCCACUUGUCCUUGGCCCCUCUUCGGACCAGGUUUUGGGGACUGAAACCCCCCCAGAGUAUCCUGUGGCCCCACCCUUUAUCCACUCAACCCUAUCCUCAUGGACCCUCUGUCCCCCAAAGGAAUCGUGAACAGAAACAGAAACGGCUUCGAGAAAAGCAGGGGGCUUUGGAAUCAGAGACAGCAAAGAAGAGCAAGCUACCAACGAGGCCUAGUAAAAGUUGGACUGCCAAAGAGAUAGUGUUAUAUGAAAUCCCUACAGAACCUGGUGAAAAAAAAGAUGUCACAGGACCCUUGCCUCCUACAUACAGUCCCCGAUAUGUUGAGGCUGCCUGGUACCCUUGGUGGGUUCGAGAGGGGUUCUUCAAACCAGAAUAUCAGUCCCAGCUGCCUCAGGCCACGGGGCAGACUUUCUCCAUGUGUAUCCCACCCCCCAAUGUCACUGGCUCUCUGCACCUUGGCCAUGCUCUCACUGUGGCCAUACAGGAUGCUCUUGUGCGCUGGCAUCGGAUGCGAGGGGACCAGGUACUGUGGAUCCCAGGUUCAGAUCAUGCUGGCAUUGCUACUCAGGCUGUGGUGGAGAAGCAGCUAUGGAAGGAGCAAGGAAUAAGGAGACAUGAACUGAGCCGAGAAGAUUUUCUAAAGGAAGUAUGGAGGUGGAAGGAAGAAAAGGGUGUUGAGAUCUAUGAGCAGCUACAAGCUUUGGGGGCCUCUUUGGACUGGGAUCGAGAAUGUUUCACCAUGGAUGCUCAUUCUUCAGUAGCAGUGACAGAGGCCUUUGUCCGUCUGUAUGAAGCUGGGCUGUUAUACCGGGACCAGCAGAUUGUCAAUUGGUCAUGUGCUUUGAGGUCAGCCAUCUCAGAUAUUGAAGUGGAGGGGUGGCCCCUGCCUGGCCGAACAGAAUUCUGCCCUCCAGGCUGUCCCUCCCCCGUCUCCUUCGGCCUCCUCGUUUCUGUUGCCUUUCCAGUAGAUGGGGACCCUGACACAGAGAUUGUAGUGGGGACCACACGGCCUGAGACUUUACCUGGCGAUGUAGCUGUGGCUGUUCAUCCUGAUGACCCCCGAUACAUACACCUCCAUGGGCGCGAACUCCGUCAUCCACUAAGUGGAAAGCUCCUUCCCCUCAUCACUGACCCUGCAGUCCAACCUGACUUGGGCACAGGUGCAGUGAAAGUGACCCCUGCUCACAGCCUUGUUGAUGCUGAGAUUGGGGCACGACACAAACUGGUUCCUGUGAAUGUCAUUGGAGAGGAUGGAACCAUGGUCUCUCCCUGUGGGGAUUGGCUGCAGGGUCUUCACCGAUUUGUGGCCCGUGAAAAGAUUGUGUCUGCGCUUAAGGAACAAGGGCACCUUCGUGGCAUUCAAGACCAUCCUAUGGUACUCCCUAUCUGCAGCCGUUCUGGAGAUGUGGUGGAAUAUCUUCUGAAAAACCAGUGGUUUGUGCGAUGCCAGAAAAUGGGGAAACAAGCUGCCCAGGCUGUGGAAUCAGGGGCCUUAUGUCUCAACCCUCCCUUCCAUCAGAAGAAUUGGCAGCAUUGGUUUUCUAAUAUCAGUGAUUGGUGUGUUUCCAGGCAACUGUGGUGGGGACAUCAGAUCCCAGCCUAUCGGGUUGUUGGAAAGGAGGGAGACAGUGAGAAAUGCUGGGUGGUAGGUCGAUCAGAGGCAGAGGCCAGAAAGGCAGCUGCAGAACUCGUAGGGAGACCAGAGAAGGAGCUUACUUUGGAGAGGGACCCUGAUGUUUUAGACACCUGGUUCUCCUCUGCACUUUUUCCCUUCUCUGCUCUGGGCUGGCCCCAAAAGACCCCAGACUUGGCUCAGUUCUACCCCUUGUCCUUGUUGGAGACAGGCAGUGACCUUCUGAUGUUCUGGGUGGGCCGAAUGGUCAUGCUAGGGUCACAGCUCACUGGACAACUUCCAUUUCCCCAGGUGCUUCUUCACUCCAUGGUUCGGGAUGGGCAGGGCCGCAAGAUGAGCAAAUCUCUGGGGAAUGUGCUGGAUCCCAGGGAUGUUAUCAGAGGGGCAGAGCCACAGGUGCUACAGGAGAAGCUGAAAGAGGGAAACUUGGAUCCCAGGGAGCUACAGAUUGCUGCUGCUGGACAGAGAAAGGAUUUCCCUCAAGGAAUCCCUGAGUGUGGUACGGAUGCCCUGAGGUUCAUCCUGUGUUCUCAUGGAACACAAGGGGAUGACAUAAACCUGUCUGUCUCUGAGGUCCUGAGCUCCCGCCAUUUCUGCAACAAGAUCUGGAAUGCCAUGCGAUUCAUCCUUAAUGCCUUAGGAGACAGAUUUAUACCCCAUCCCACUGAAGAACUGUUUCCCUCAUCUGCCAUGGAUGCCUGGAUCCUCAGCUGCCUGGCCCUCACCGUAGGAGAAUGUGAGCGAGGCUUCCUGGCACGAGAGCUCUCUCUCAUCACCCAUGCCUUGCACCACUUUUGGCUCCAUAAACUCUGUGAUGUCUACUUGGAGUCAGUGAAACCUGUGUUGUCAAGGUCACCCCAAGCCCCUGGACCUUUGCAGACCCUGUACUCCUGUGCAGAUGUUGGGCUUCGUCUCCUUGCCCCACUCAUGCCCUUCCUGGCUGAAGAACUUUGGCAGCGAUUGCCUCGCCAACCAGAUUGUACCCCAGCUCGAAGCAUCUGUGUUGCCCCCUACCCCAGUGUCCAAAAUCUGGAGCAUUGGUGUCAGCCAGAACUGGAACAGCGAUUUUCUCAGGUUCAAGAGGCUGUGAAAACACUAAGGGGGCUCCGGGCCAUGUACCAGCUCAGCAAGGCCCAGCCCCGAGUGUUGUUGCAAUGUUCAGAGCCCAAAGAGCAGCGUCUCUAUGAAGAUUUCCUGGAGCCACUGGGCACCCUGGCCCAUUGUGGGGCUGUGAGCUUCUUGCCCUACAAUAAGGCAUUUCCCCAAGGCUGGGCCCAGGCCUCACUCAACAAUACCACCCAAGUCUACAUGGAGCUGCAGGGCCUGGUGGACCCUCACCUGCAUCUUCCAGUCCUGCUUACCAGAAGACAGAAACUCCAGGGACAGCUUGAUAGCCUUACAUCCCGGACCCCAGUUGAGGGGAGUGAAAUGAUGCAGAGAGAGCGUAAGGUCUCUUCCCUCCUCAUGGAGCUAUCAAAGUUGGACCAGGCAAUCUCUCACCUCCAGCAGCUGAUGGAUACAACUCCUACAAAGUCAUGAAUUCUACCCUCUACCAGACCUAUCUCUGGGUGUUGCUGGGUCAGGGUGACCAAGUCCUGGGGGAAUCCUGUGGGACAUUCAUAAUUGUCAUAGCCUCCCUCAGCACCCUGCCUUUUUUGCAUUCUCAGGAGUAAGAUAAUUUAAAAUAUUUUUUUAAGCCAAGGCAUCUGUCUGGUGCCUUUUUUGUUCUUCUUUC